AUGUUUUCUCUCGCUCAAGCUACGGCCAUACUCGCCUUUACUGGCGCAGCAAUUGCCAGCCCUGCCGCAGAAGUCCAAAUUGGUGGCAAGAACGGCAAGACGUUUCGCGCCAACAUUGGCACUGCUGCCGCAGAUUUCUGGUGCCAUUCUUCCGCACAGCCCAAAGAACAGAACGUUGGGUAUACCUACUACGAAAUCAAUCCCGCCCACCAGAAGGUCGGCUCUAACUACUCGAUUGGAUACAACGGCGCUGAAUUAGAUUCGUACGGCAAUGUAUAUGUCGAAGAUGUGAUGAUCGGCGGUAUUACUACCAAGCAAACCUUUGGCGCAGCCAGUGGCUUGUCGCAGACAUUCCUAUCAGACAAGGAUCUAGACUGCAUGAUCGGUAUCGGCAACAGCACCUACAACAGCAUCGAGCCUGAAUACGAGAACAAUUUCUUCGACAACAUCAUGAAACAGCUUGUCAAGCCCGUCUUUGCCUAUGCCCAGAGGAAGGGCGGAGCCGUUUUCGACUUUGGAUACUUUGACCCGAACCAAUAUACCGGCAAGGUUGCCUGGGUCGACAACGCACCUGAGGAUGGCUGGCCUGCAUACGCCUUCUACGGUGAGGGUUUCAGCCUUUUCAACCCCAAUGCCAAGGUUACCCCAAGGAAAAUGAACAUUCACCUCGAUGCCUCCACCACCCUUUCCUACACCGACCCCGAUAUCGUCACCACGUGGUACAAAUCCGUCCCCGGCUCAAAGUACGACGACGACCAGCAGAUGCACAGCAUCCCUUGCAACAGCAAGCCCGGUGGCUUCACCAUCGUCAUUGCCGGUCAAAAGUUCUUCACUCCCGGCUCUCAACUCGUUUCCAUCCCCCUUGAUGAUGAGGGCAAGAUGUGCCUCGGUGGUCUGCAGAACAUUGGCGGCGGCGUCGAUUUCAGUCUCUUUGGCGUUACAUGGCAAAAGGGCAAAUACAUUAUGCACGACUUCGCCAAUCCUGAUGCUGUUAGACUUGGUUUUGCCAUGCAGCCCGGUGCUACCCACUAAUCGUUUUUUUCCUUGCUUGAUGCUCACCAGAUAAUAUGGGAGUGUUUAAUGUAUAUACGUGGUGUGCAAGGG